GCAGGGGUGCAUUUAAAAUGCCAACGUUCUUGCCUGGACCCAUCCGCGUACAAAGUGUUUCCCCGCAAAUUCAGGAAUCACCGUUUCAGUAGCGCGAAUCUGACCCUGCACUGUCAAGGUCCCCCCUCGCAAAUGUCUCGUUUGCACAGACGGUGACCGAAAUCCCAAUCGAUCACUCGGGCUUAUUUUAUUACCAAAGCCACCCCCACUCAAUUCCACAGUGAUUUUUUUCCCUCCGUGUAUCUCUGUGUGUGUGCGAGUGUGCGCGCGUGCCAAAUUCUCAAUCGAGAGCCAGCAGCACGUGCUUCUCACGAUACCGCGUAAAGGCGCGCGAUUAAUUUCUACCGUUUGCAUCCCGUUUCACGUGCGCGCCGGUUGUUCAGUCGUAAGCGCGCGCUGCCCGUUCGGAUUCCAGCAGCGGGACGUCCGGUGACUGACGGAAAGCUCGUGCUACAGCAACGGAAGGUGCGCGAGACUCGGUUUGGUACCACACGCACGAUGAGUGAGCGCGCCGAAGAAGCCGCCGGCGAAGCUUCAGGAUCGCAGCCCGAGCCCGCCCCGGCCGAGCCACCGAAGAGGGGACCGGGCAGACCCAGAAAGCCGCAACAGGAACCCACAGGAGAGCCUGUCCCCAAACGGCCGAGGGGUCGCCCCAAGGGAAGCAAAAACAAGGGGCCCUCCAAAGCAGCGCAGAAGAAAGCCGAGACCACGGGGGAGAAAAGACCCAGAGGAAGACCCAGGAAAUGGCCACAACAGGCAGUCCAGGAAAAGCCCGCUCAGGAAGAAGAAGAGGAGGAGGAAGCCGAGCCAGAAGAGGACUAAGCAACCACAGGAUUUCACCUCUACCUCAUUCAGCUGUCAGCUCUCUCCAAGGGAAAAGACUGCCUUGACCACUUAUUAUUGACUUCUCACUUUCGUUUAUUUUAGUUUUUCCUCAUUCGUUUAUUUUGGUUUUGUUUCGUUAAUGAUAAACACAUACACAACACCUCAGUGUGUAACCCCCCCCAAAAAAAACAAACGCAAACAAACAUCUUGCAGAUGACAAUUGGAGCCGCCAUGCUGUUCCCACUUCAGCGUUUUAAACUGCUGUAAGCACAGUGGUGCAGGGGUUAAACACAAAAAAACAUGCUACAGCGGUUUUUCUUGCGCCACACACACUUAAAAGCACACUGAUGUUUCUACAUCGGUAAAGAAGAUACAAACCGUAUGGUUUUGUCAUUCAGAUGGUGCCUUAAAUGGAAAUUUACAAAUGUAUAUACAGUACACACACAACCCCCUCUCUUCAGAGCACCAUACCACCAAAGACAAAGUUAAAAUAGACACUCCAGAUACAGAUAGUGUACCCACUGAUGAAUUGGCUAAGCAAAUCUUGUCGUAACUCAAAAGUAAUUCCUCCAAAGACUAAAAUCCAAUGAGGUGUUAAGCACACGAGAGGAAAACUGGUGCGAUAUAGUUCCAUCUAUGAAACAAUGUUUUUAAAAUGUUUGUAAGAUAAAUAAGCUGUCGCAUGUAAUGCAGUGUUCACCAAAAUGACAGUGAGCUUUAGCAUAUUUGACUUAAAAUUCCAACCAGACUCCACCCUGUUAUGCUGCGUACACACCAAACGCGUGUCUAGGUUACUUGUGGGAUUUAAAGUUGUGUCAUACGCAGUUUUUUGCUUGAGUUGAAUACUUGCUCGAAGACGUUUUUGAGGCGAAUAGCGUGUUUUUGCGCCAUCCGCGUCAUUUGCAUAGCCCCACACGAGUUUGCGCCUAUUCGCGUCUUUGCAUUGAUUUUGAAUGUAUUCUACUCCCACAAAUCGUUGAAUUCGCAUUUGGUGUGUACGCCCUAUUAGUCACUUUAAAUAAAUAUAUUUACUAUCAUGUAAAUAAACCCAAUCGUUGGUUUAAAUUAACGUAGAAAAUGUCCAUACUUGAUCCAACCAUGCGUUGAAUCAACUCAGCAUAGGUUAAUUUAAACCAUUGUCCAUAUUUCACCCAACCGAACAGAAAAUCCAACUUGCUUUUUUGUGAAGUCUACGAUGUUACUUUUGGGUCGAACUAUCCCUUUAAAAUGGCCCGGUCCUUGGUGAUAAGUUUAAACUUGACGCUUUCUUUUAGUUUUUCCCGCAGUCGAUAAAUGGCGGGAAAAAAUGCCGCAACGCUCAACAUAUCUUUGCAAUGUUGGCUUCGCUUAAUUUACAAACGUGUACAUAAUCGUGUUUUAUUUUCGUUUACGGCAUAGCUUUAAGAACAUAACUUUUUUGACGAAUAGGGAAAGGGAAAUGUAUCAACUCAGUCUGGUUCAUGACCUAAACCUCAAUUAAUACAAAAACCACAGGAACAAAACCACGCUAUACCUCAUUACGCAAAAAAGAUACCUGAACAGCAGUGACCGUGUGAUGUCGGAAGAUCCCGUCAAAGAGUCCUAACGUAUGCGAGCACUGUCACCGAUGCAAUGUCUCCUUAACGUUUCGAAGCUACCUCUGAUUUCCACGACCAGCUCGAAAGACGCACGCUGCUAUACAGUUCUCAUAACAAAGCAGGGAAUGGCAUCGAGUGCCAAUAUCGAAAACAAACCUUGUCGUGAUGUUGUCGUAACUUGUCAUAAGGGCGGGCGGGCGAUGCUCUGCGAAAUGUUUUUUGCGAGAGUCGUAAUCGAAAUCUGAGGUCUGUUUGUAGUCAUAUGUCGAACUAAUCAUGCAGCUAAGGGAAAAAGUACUGUUUGUUUGUUCGUUCGUUGUAGUUAAAAUUUCUUUUUUUUUUUUCACUAGCGUAUAUCUGACAUUUGUAACAAGACACUCUGCCUCUACAACCGGGAUGUCUGUUUUACAUUUUUAACUUGAAUAUAUAUAUUUUGUACUGAUUUACUCAAUGGUUUCUAAAGAUCAAGUGCUUGUAUGACACUAAAUGAAAUUGUUUUGAAUUUAUUAUCUUCUCUUUGAUUUCUCCACUUUUGCUCUGAAUUUAUAGUUUUAGUUUCUUCUGAAAUAUGUACUUUUCAGAUAUGUACCUCAAAAAUGAAAAAAAAGAAAGAAAAAUGGACUAAUAAUCAGCUGACAAAUACCUACCUCCAGUCUUAAAAAUGGAUUGAUUUUCACUCGGUUUGUUUCAGUAUAUGUGCUGAAAAAACACGUUAACUGCACAAGAUCCUGUUUUACAAAAUAGUGUUCAUCCUAACUCAUAUGGGCGAGAAGACAGCUAUGAAAAGCAUUACACGAUGAAACGACAAAAAGAAACAAACAACUUGAAUCUUUCAGGUUUAAAAACAUGUUUGGGUUUUUGUAUAUUGCAUAUAUGAAUAUGUUUUUGAAAAUUAGUAGAUAUUGAGAUAUACUUGAGUAGUGAUUUUUGUGUACUUUACACAAAUGUGAUUUUCUUUUUUCCUGUUAUAUGGUUUAAACAGAUGUAUAUGUACUGCGUAUUUAGUGAAAGAAUACACCAUUUUUAACCUGUCACCAUGUUAACCAUGGUAUUCUCAACUAGGCCUGAGGUAGAAGCUAGUGGAACUGUUGGCAUGCCCCUUGAUUUUACAACGGCAUGAGCGUUUUUACAUGCGGCAGCUCGGCUUUUGCCACAAACCAUCAUUGACCGUGACUUAAACACUGUAGUGCUACUACCUAAAUGGUUACAGUUCUUGUAAAAGUGGCAUGUCAGUUAUCCGGAUAGACCGCUACAAGUUAAACCGUGGCUUGGGUAGACGGACGGCAUGUCUUUUGACAACCUCAGAGUUGGCAGUGGUUGCAUUGUAACACUGUUUCGAGAUCAGUCGACCUCAACUCUUACCAUAACUUUUACACACGACGCUUAGCGCUGCCGAUGUGCACGGCCGAUGUUUGUGUCUUUGAUGUAACGAAAGCCCCAUAGUGUUCAAAGAUUUCCUAUGCUGGUUUGAAUGUGUAUCCACACGAGCCACAGGCUUUCAACUCUGGGUGUCUUAAUGAAGAUAAAGUUAAGUAUUUUUAUGACAACACGUUCUAGUACAAUCGAAUACACUUUUCUACCUCCGAGAGGGCCUCUUGUUACCUCAUUUUUCAAACUUACUAUCUGCUUAAAAUUCAGGUGCCGGAGUCCCGAGAGAACGUCAUAAAUUUAUAUAUAUAUUAUAUAAAUAUAUAUUCAUAGUCUAUUUUUGUGUGUGGGGGAUUUUUAUAAGACUUUACCUCUAUGCCUCUCAGUCACAAGUUAGAUAAGACUGGAUGUUUGACUUUUUUAAGCGUUGUCUUACAUUAUGCAAUGUUAUGUCGUUUCUGCAGCUGUAGAGAUGGAGAAUGUCACUAUUGGUGGUUACUAUCUCAACUAUCUUCUUCACUUGAUAUAACUUGUUUUCUAACAAUAAUGUCUGUCUCACGUAGUAUUGCUGUUUGUGAUUUCACUUAAAUUUGCUUGCUUGUUUUAAAAGAAAAAAAAGGACAAAAAAGAAACAUAUUAGAAAAAAGUCCUCUUUAUACAUAUCCACCACAAUAAAAAAGA